UCCAACCCGUCCAAAGGCUGAACAAUGGUCCCGCGGAGAAACUGCUCAAUAACUAGGGCGCGCUAGGGGACAAGUUUUAUUCUUGCGCAAAACAUAUGCACUUAUCGUGUAUUUAUGUCGACAAUGUGGAUACCGACAGACAAUGAGAAAUACGGUGUGGUGAUAUCUGGUUUUCGAGGAACAGUUCCUUAUGGCUUACCAUUGGAGGUGGGAGACACAGUUCAGAUACUGGAAAAAUGUGAUGGCUGGUACAGAGGAUUUGUUUUAAAAAGUCCAAGUAUUAAGGGAAUUUUCCCAGCUACCUACAUUCACUUGAAAAAUGCAAAUGUCAAAAACAAAGGGCAAUUUGAAACAAUCAUUCCAACAGAAGACUCUGUCAUCACAGAAAUGACAGGAACUUUACGAGAAUGGGGGAUUAUGUGGAAACAGCUUUAUGUGAAGAAUGAAGGGGAUUUAUUCCAUAGACUGUGGCACGUGAUGAAUGAGCUACUUGACCUCCGUCGGCAGGUACUUGUGGGACAUCUGACACAUGACCGGAUGAAAGAUGUAAAACGUCACAUCACCGCUCGCCUGGACUGGGGCAACGAACAGAUGGGCCUGGAUCUGGUUCCAAGGAAAGAAUUCAGUAUGGUGGAUCCUGAUGAAAUCAGUGUCACAGAACUGUACAAAUUGAUGGAGCACAGACAUCGCAAGAAAGAUACCCCAAUACCAACGAGUACCCAUCACCUCUUUCUGCAGAUGAAAAGUCUGAUGUGUGCUAAUCUAGGCGAAGAACUAGAAGUCUUCUUUUCAAUUUAUGAUAGCAGGGAAAAUCAUCCUGUCAGUGAAAGAUUCUUUGUAAAAUUGAAUAAGAAUGGAUUACCGAAAUUUCCGGAGAGAAUGGAAAGGCAAUGCACUCUCUUUGUUGAUUUGGGGAGCAGUGACAUCAGGAAGGAUAUAUAUAUUACCGUUCACAUUAUAAGACUGGGUCGAAUGGCUGCAGGAGAGAAGAAGAAUACUUGCAAUGCACAGUAUCGGCGACCAUUUGGUUGUGCAGUUCUGAGCAUUGCAGACCUGCUGCAAACUGAAAGAGAUAGCAGGGACUCUAAAGAGGACCACAUGCUUAAAGUCUACAUGUGCAAUACUGAAAGUGAAUGGUACCAAAUACAUGAAAAUAUUAUCAAGAAGUUAAAUGCCCGGUACAAUUUGACAAGCUCAAAUGCUGGUUUGUCUGUUGCACUACAGCUGCUACAUGGAGAUAUUGAUCAGAUCCGGAGAGAAUACCCAGUAUUGUUCACAAGAGGUGUGGCGAUCACCAGAAAAUUGGGCUUUUCGGAUAUUAUAAUGCCAGGUGACAUCAGAAAUGACUUGUACGUAACACUGGAGAGAGGAGAAUUUGAGAAAGGAGGCAAGAGUGUGGCCAGGAAUGUGGAUGUUACCAUGUACGUUUUAGACAGUGAGGGACAGAUCCUCAAGGAUUGCAUUUCACUGGGAUCUGGAGAAAUUCCAGUGAGCGAACACCACUCCUUUGUGCUUUACCACAACAAUAGCCCCAGGUGGGCUGAGCUGCUGAAGCUUCCUAUUCCAGUGGAUAAAUUUAGGGGUGCACAUAUCCGCCUUGAAUUCAGGCACUGUUCCACAAAGGAAAAAGGAGAGAAAAAACUUUUUGGGUUCUCCUUUGUUCCACUGAUGCAAGAAGAUGGCAGAACAUUGCCAGAUGGUAUUCAUGAACUCUUAGUACACAAGUGUGAAGAAAACACCAACUUUCAGGACCCUGCUCGCUACCUCAAACUUCAGUAUUGUAAAGGAAAUCUCCAUGGUAACAGUCAACCAGUCAAAGCUUCCAAGGAGAGUUUUUGGAUCUCAUCUUUUCUGUGCUCAACUAAGCUCACUCAGAAUGGAGAUUUGUUGGAUUUUUUGAAGUGGAGAGCCCACCCAGAAAGAAUAUGCGACAUCCUGUCAAAAUUCAAAGAUAUAGACGGUGCAGAAAUAGUCAAGUUUCUGCAAGAUACAUUGGAUGCAUUAUUUGGAAUUUUGGAUGAAAAUCCACAAAAAUAUGGAUUGAAGGUUUUUGAUUCAUUGGUUCAUAUAAUCAAUUUGCUGCAGGACAUCAAGUUUCAGCAUUUUAAGCCAGUCAUGGAUACAUACAUAGAAAGCCAUUUUGCUGGAGCGUUAGCUUACAGGGAUCUUAUCAAAGUGCUGAAAAGAUACAUUGAUCGAUCAAUAGAAGCAGAGAGACAAGAACAUAUUCAGGAUGUGUUGAGGGCACAGGAAUAUAUAUUUAAAUAUAUAAUUCAUUCCCGAAGCCUAUACACUCUUGCAACUGGUGGACAGAAUGAGGAAGAAUUUCGAAGCAGCAUUUAUGAAUUGUUCCAGUCAGUGCGAUACUUCCUGUCCAUUGAAAGCCAAGGUUCCUCCAUUAUUACACAGACACAGGCUGUGUUCCUGAGCUCUUUUCCAGCUGUAUACUCAGAGCUUCUGAAACUGAUAGAUGUACGGGAAGUGGCAAACCUGGUCAGAGACACCUUACGCAGCAUGCCAGAUGUCCUGCACGUGGAAUAUUCACUGGAAGCUGUCAAACUCCAGUGCAUUGCUAAAACAGUGGAGAGCCAACUAUUUAUCAAUCCUGAUUCUCGCUGCAUUCUCCUACCUGUGGUUCUACACCAUCUCCACAUGCAUCUGCAAGACCAGAAGGAUCUAAUCAUGUGUGCACGCAUCCUUAGCACAAUGUUUUGUCUGAUCAAGAAGGACAGCUCUGAAAUAACUGCUUCAGAGGAGGUGGACAUGCUUGUAGACAGCUUGCUAGGUGUGCUGCUGAGAACCAUACUAGAAAUCAGCAACAGGUCACAACCCUCUGGACCGACAAUUCGUCUGCAGUUUCAGGACGUGACUGGUGAGUUUGUGGCAUGUCUGCUUGCUCUGCUAAGGCAAAUGACAGAUAAACAUUAUCAACAACUUCUGGAAAGCUUCGCCAGCAAAGAUGAUCUCCGGGAUUUUCUGUUGCAGAUAUUUACAGUGUUUAAGAUUCUGAUAAGACCAGAGAUGUUUCCAAAAGACUGGACGAUAAUGCGCUUGGUUACCAACAAUGUGAUCAUCACUACAAUUCUCUAUCUCUCUGAUGCACUCAGAAAGAACUUUCUAAAUGAAAGCUUUGACUUCAAGGUGUGGGAGUCUUAUUUCUAUCUGGCAGUAAUAUUUAUCAAUCAGCCUUGCCUUCAGCUUGAGAUGUUUUCACCUUCAAAAAGAAAGAAAGUUCUAGAAAAAUAUGGAGACAUGAGGGUGAUGAUGGGAUGUGAAAUCUUCAGCAUGUGGCAAAAUCUAGGAGAGCACAAGUUACAAUUUAUUCCUGGACUUAUUGGACCAUUUUUAGAAGUGACACUUGUACCCCAGGCUGAUCUUCGGAAUGUGAUGAUCCCAAUUUUCCAUGACAUGAUGGACUGGGAGCAGAGACGUACUGGAAACUUCAAACAGGUGGAAGCAAAACUGAUAGACAAAUUGGACAGCUUAAUGUCAGAAGGCAAAGGUGAUGAAACUUACAGAGAGCUUUUCAACAGCAUAAUUCCACUUUUUGGGCCUUACCCUAGCCUACUGAAGAAAAUUGAGAGAGAAACCUGGCGAGAAAGUGGUAUUUCUCUAGUAGCCACUGUAACUCGCCUAAUGGAAAGGUUGCUGGAUUACAGAGACUGCAUGAAAGUGACAGAGGUUGAUGGCAAAAAGAUUGGCUGUACAGUUAGCCUGUUGAAUUUUUAUAAAACAGAAAUAAACAAAGAAGAAAUGUAUAUCCGCUACAUUCAUAAGCUGUAUGAUUUGCACUUAAAGGCACAAAACUUCACAGAAGCUGCAUACACACUGCUUUUGUACGAUGAGCUCCUGGAGUGGUCAGAGAGGCCUCUGCGAGAAUUCCUUCAUUACCCAAUGCAGACUGAGUGGCAGCGCAAGGAGAUUCUUCAUCUGACCAUCAUCCAGAACUUUGACAAAGGCAAAUGUUGGGAAAAUGGAAUUAUCCUUUGCCGGGAGUUGGCAGAUCAAUAUGAGACCUUCUAUGAUUACCGCAAUCUGAGCAAGAUGAGGAUGAUGGAGGCUGCUUUCUAUGAUAAAAUAAUGGAUCAACAGCGUUUGGAACCUGAGUUUUUCAGGGUUGGAUUUUAUGGGAAAAAAUUUCCUUUCUUCUUAAGAAACAAGGAGUUUGUCUGUCGAGGACACGACUAUGAGCGAUUGGAGGCCUUCCAACAGCGAAUGUUGAAUGAGUUCCCACAUGCAAUUGCUAUGCAGCAUGCCAACCAGCCUGAAGAGACCAUUUUUCAGGCUGAUGCACAAUAUCUGCAGAUUUAUGCAGUAAUUCCUAUUCCUGAUAAUCAUGAGAUACUGCAGAAAGAAGCUAUACCUGACCAUAUUAAGAGUUUUUAUAGAGUCAACAAUAUCUGGAGGUUCAGAUAUGAUAGACCAUUUCACAAAGGAAUCAAGGACAAAGAAAACGAGUUCAAGAGUCUGUGGGUUGAACGAACUACUUUGACAUUGGUUCAGAGUUUACCAGGUAUCUCCCGCUGGUUUGAAGUGGAUAGAAGGGAAGUGGUUGAAAUGAGUCCACUUGAAAAUGCAAUUGAGGUGCUGGAGAACAAGAACCAACAACUGCGAACCCUAAUCACUCAGUGUCAGUCAAGACAGAUGCAGAAUAUCAAUCCCCUGACCAUGUGUCUCAAUGGAGUCAUUGAUGCAGCCGUUAAUGGAGGACUUGCCAGAUAUCAAGAGGCAUUCUUUGUGAAGGACUACAUUCUGAACCACCCUGAGGAUGGAGACAAAAUCUCUCGUCUGAGGGAACUAAUGUUUGAACAGGCCCACAUUCUGGAGUAUGGGUUAGCUGUCCAUGAGAAGUUUGUACCGCAAGACAUGAGACCAUUACACAAGAAGCUGGUGGAUCAGUUCUUUGUGAUGAAGUCCAGGUUAGGGAUACAGGAUUUUCCAGGAUAUGCUCGUGUGAGUCCAAUACACUUAACCAACGGGAGCCCACGUACCUGCAGGAAUCCCACGUUGGGUGCUGUAAGUCCAGAUGGAGCCAGACUUGUCAACAGACGCAGUCCAUUAAGUUACCCAGCAUUCAACAGGUAUUCUUCUUCUUCAUUAUCGUCACAAGCAUCAGCUGAAGUUAGCAACAUCACUGGGCAGUCUGAAAGUUCUGAUGAAGUUUUUCAAAUGCAGGCAAGUCCAUCUACCUCAAGCUUAAGCUCCACUCAUUCAGCAUCUCCAAAUGUUACUAGUUCAGCUCCAUCCAGUGCCAGAGGUUCCCCGCUGCUAUCUGAUAAACACAAACAUUCAAGAGAAAAUACAUGUUUGUCUCCCAGAGAACGACCUUGUAGUGCCAUUUAUCCAAUAUCUAUGGAACCUGCACAGCAGACACUUACCCAGCAGAUUGGUGAUCCCUGCAUGCCCAGAAGUGAUCCCAAUUUAUCUGCACCUGAAAAAGUAAUGAAUCCAACUCCUAGUAGUUGGAGUCUAGACAGUGGUAAGGAAGCUCGAAACUGUGUACCAGACAGUGCAAGGCUGGUGUCACCUCCUGUCCCACCCAGGCCACCACAUACAGGUUCACCUGCAAAGACAUACAGGGCCUUUUCUCCACAGGCAUUUGAAACACCUCCUGCCCAUCCCAGAUCUCCUCAUAAGAGUUCUGUUCAAUCAUUGACUCCUUCUCCCACUGAUUAUCAAUCCUUGGGGCCAGUUUACAACUCGCCUGUGCUGUCUGGAAGCAGUAGCAGUGGUAUUUCUUCCCUGAGCAGGGGAAGUGUGACCGAGACGACCUUGACUGAUGGAACAAUUACAUGCACCUUAAUUGGGUCUGAGGAAUUAAUUAAAAGGGAGAAUGAAACCUUUGCUUGUAUGCCACCACGUUACAACUUAUCUGAACAUGGCACUGGAACGUCAAGACGUCGAGCUCCUCUACCUCAUAGCCUGUCUGUUCCUCCCAAUGCUGAGCCACCAGCUCUCCCUCCUAAACCUCAUGUACUGCGAGUACAUAGGUCAGAAGGUGAAAACCGAAUGGAUGAAAUUCUUGUCAGACCCAGAUCUCAGCCUCGAAAAGUGUCUCAACUAUAGAAAAUCUGAAUACUGGCAAAAAUUUUGUUCAACCUAAAUGCUAAUUUGGCCAAAAGAAUCCAGGUGGGCACCUUAAACUUAAACUGUUUUGACCAUAUGUAUGUACCCAUUGAUCAGUGAUUCUGCUGAUAUGUAAUGGAGCAUUGUUAUGCAAUAGGUCAGGAUGGAGAAACAGAAGUAACUAGCACAUGAAUGGUUAUCCAGUUGCAAUGAGGAGUCCCCUUUUUCCCCAAUUUGCAUUUGUGCUAAUGAUACAAAUGCUAUACUAUGUCUAAUGUCUGUUAGCCAGGGAUCUAAAAGAAAGCACAUUAGUUGAUAUAAAAAUAGAGUCUGCAUUCCACUUUGUUUGCCAUUUUGAUACUUGCACAUAUAGAAUAGAACACAUAUAGUUCAUCGUUCAUGAUAAUGACUUUCGAAUGAGAGGUGGCUUCCCUCCUGAAACUAAUUUGGAAGGAGAUAUUUCUUAUUUAUCUCCCUCCUUCAUCCUCUUUCUGUUUCUCAAUCUUCAUCUCUGUCUCACUUUAUUUUUGAGCUCAGUACACUGUAGUAUUUGCAUUUGUAAUAUUUGUAUUUUUCACCAAAUUGUUCAAGUAUCACAUUUGGAAAUCCAUCUUACUAUUUUUCCAGCAAAAUUAGUUAGGGUAAGGGGUAAAUAAAUUGUUUAAAGAUUGUAUUUAAAACUAAAUUUGUUUACACAUUGAAAAAAGGCAAAGAAACAAAAAGUGUUUAAAACUAGCAGUUUUCCUCCAAUAAUGUACAUGUAUCAUGUCCCAACAGCCUUAAAAUGCAGAGCUUUUGGCUAAUUGUCCAGCAUUACAGGAAAGAAGAAAAACUAUUUUGUUAGAAACUGUCUAAUUUAUGACUUGACUCCAAAUCCUUUACUUAGUAACAGCACAUAGGCCAUUCAUUAAAAGAGGUGGUGAUUGUUUCACAUAAUGUUCCUCCCCUUACCUCAGACUACCCUACCAAUAUAUCCUUUUAUCAUUUUUCCCAGUUGCACCUAUAAAUAUUGAUGCAACAGUGUCCAUAUUGUUGCACAAAAGUAAUUACAGCUGCCUUAAUUGGGGUACAAGUUGAGAUAGGUAAUCAUUUUUCACAGUUCGCAUAUACUGAAAAAUUUGUUAAGUAAUUUGUAACUUUACACAAGCUUUUGCGAGGUUAAUGGUGUAAAAGUACCGUUAAUUCUACAUUUUUAAUUCUGAUUUUUACAGACUGGGAUUGACUUUGGGAGGGUCCUGUUUGUGGGACAGUGAUCUUUGUGGCAAUCAGCUAUUUAUUAGCUGAAAGCAGAUGCCUGAAAUGUCAUCAUCUAACUCUGCAGACUGGCUUAUUUAUGAGAUUGUUGAAGUAUAUGAAAUAUCUUGUCCACUUUUCCCCUUAAUAUAAAAAGUCACAAACUGUCUAUGACCUUGUAAUUAAAACAAGAACCUAUCAACCUUCGUUAAAAUAAUUCAAAUUUCCUUUGUCAGUCAAGUGCCUGCCUGAAUACUUUUAGGUUGAACAGAGUAUAUCAAAUUUCUGGUCUGGCAUUUGGCUACAUUUACAGAGGGACUACUUAAUCUGGUGCCAGUAGCCUUCAUCAGCCCAAACUAUUAGCAAUGUAAUUGUUCAAACACAUACAGUAAAUAUUAUCCAUGAAGCAAAAUUUGGAGAGGAGUUGCCAAAAUGAGUUCCUGGAAUUUUUCUUCAGUAUUUCAAAAUGUCAUUAUUAAUGGAGAGGACAAAUGUUUUAAAAAUUUCCAUUACAUUUUAACAAUGAUUGUAAAAGUGAUAAAAGGGCUAAUUUGAAUAAUCUUCGAAAAGCACAAACAGUAUCUAUGAGUAAGAGUACUCAGAGCGAAGUCAAUUUAAAAGGGAAGUGAAUGUUUAUGCUCGAAAGGUAUAUUUCUUGAAAAAAUUACAAGUUGAAUGUUUGAAGCAAUGUAUUAUAAUAGCACACAGUGAACGUACAUUUUAAACAUGCUUUUGGAAUUUGAACAGUGUCAAUAGCAAAGUUGGGGCAAAAAGAAGAUAUUUUCAACAUUAAAAAUGGAAAAAAAAGACUUUAAACAGUUAGAUCAAAAAAUGUUUUAUGAAUGAGCUGGUGGACCAUACAAAUCUACCUGUUUAUCAACAAGAACUUUAGAAGAAUGGUUACUUGCGAAAUUUCAAAGGCUUUCAGCUGAAGUGUCCUAUAAUGUGGCUGCUUUUUCUGUUUUUGAAGGGAAUGUAUGUUUUUCCUGAUCAGAUAUUUAAAGCAAUCUUCAGAGACUGAGAUACACAGAUAAUUGCGGUUUAUUUUUCAGAACAUUAUUCAAUCAUUCUCUGCAUGCUUCUACGUAAACAUUCUAAAUUGCAUAUUUAUAUAUUCUGGCAGUUUGCUCAGUGAUCCAGUGAAAAACCUGCAAAUAACCUAUUUAAGUAAUUUUACAGAACAAUGCAGUCAAAUCAGUGUGACUUUCAUUCAAUUGAUACCCGACAUAAAAUGACCUGUGCUAAAGCUUUAUAUCAUAGGUCAAGUCGAAUGCAACAAACAAUUCAAUUCCUUUUUCAUAUCAAUGUAAAAACAGACUUGCUUGAGAUGCAGCAGGUGGAAAUAUAAACUGAGAAAUUUUGUGAGCUUGUUCUCAAUCAUCAAAACCAUAUCUUAAUUGCUGUUUUCUUUAUUCAAAAAUAUGUAGGUCCUGUUGCAAAUCUUAACAACUUGUUAAAACUGCCAAAUUUAAAUUUGUCACUGGCGGUUACAUAUUUUGACCUUGGUUGCUAUAAAAACCUUCAGGUUCAGUAAUGUCUUCAAGGGAAGGAAAUCUGACAUGCUCACCGAGUCGAACCUAUGUGUGACUCCAUUCCAUUACCAAUAUAGUUGAGUCUUAGUUGUUCUAACUUGUAUUAUACCACUAGUGGUUUCAGAAAACCCACCAUUACCACUUCAGCAUAACCAGAGAUAGCCAAUAAAGAUACUUCCUUUGACAAUGAUCCCCACAACUUACUUCAUCCAUUUAGAAAAUUGUCCGUAUUUCAGCAUCAAAUUUCUUCUCAUAACAUCUGGGUGUUCCCCUCCACUGUUCCAUCUGAACAUCUAUUCUUUGCACUAAUCACUGUUUUUCUAAUGGAGAAUUGUGUGAAAUCCAUCAUAGACAUACCUUUAACUACUGUUGGACCUGUGUUUCCCCUAUUCUACUCUCACAAGUUAAUUUAUGUUCCAGGUUUAUCUUGCCCAUUUCCAUAACUAGCUUGAUCACUGUGACUAUAAUUUCUUGGUAGACUAAAAUGCACAAUUUUCUUUGACCUUUUCCUGUAAUACAAAACUUUGACACUGGAUGUUAAACCAUGUGGCCCUACUUGUGAUGGUCUCUCGUAUUUAGAAGGAAGAUAUAGCAAUUUUCACCAUGAAAUAAAGUGUUGGGAAAUUUUGACAGCUAAUUUGCACAGGGCUAGAUCACACAAACAAGGUGACAAAUUACAAAGUAAAAAUGUUUUAUUCAUAUAGAGUGACAGAUUUUUCAGCAUACCAGGAAAACUCCCCUGCUUACUUUCAACUUAGUGUCAUCCCACCUUUAAUGUCCACAUGAGAAAAAAAGGUGGAGCCUGGAUUUAAUUUAGGGUGGCACAGUGGCUCAAUGGUUAGCACGGCUGCCUUAUAGCACCAGGGUCCCAGGUUCAAUUCCAG